CUCUUUGAGGCCAAGUCACCCCUCGAGUAGCGCUACCGAAGCCUAUCUCUGAUAGUUCUGACCCCAACUUAAGAGGUUGCGAUUGCAAACUCCCCAGCUGAGCUCUCGUCGAAAACAUGCCUUCCUCAGGCGCCGAGUCAUAUCAGGCGCAAGCUAAAGCUUGGCUGCAAGCAGAUUUCGACUCGUCAACUCGAAGGCAGCUACAAAAGAUCAUCGAUGAUAAUGAUCAAGACGCUCUUAAACAGGCUUUCGAUGGAAGGAUGGAGUUCGGUACGGCAGGUCUGAGGGGCCUCAUGGGUGUGGGACCAGUAAACAUGAAUCGACUAGUGAUUAGGCAGACUACAGCUGGGCUUGCAGAUCAUCUGCUCGCGGUCAACAAAGUUGCAGCCCAAAACCAUGGUGUUGUCAUCGCGUACGACGGCCGGCACGGUUCGAACAUAUUCGCAGAAGAUGCCGCCGGGGUUCUGGCGGCGAGAGGAGUCAAGGUGCUACUGUUCGACAAGAUGCAUCCCACUCCACUCGGUGCAUUCGCAGUCAAGCAUCUCAACGCUGUGGCAGGAGUCGUGGUCACUGCUUCCCACAAUCCGCCGCAAUAUAAUGGCUACAAGGUCUACUGGCAAGGUGGGAACCAGAUCAAUGAUCCGAUUGACGAACAAAUCGCUGCAGCUAUCAGCCAUGUCGCCGCAAAAGACAGCACUCCAAAGGCUCUAUCGCUGUCCGACGCACAAUCAGUCGGCCUCCUGCAGUACCUCGGCGAUGAAGUCUUCGCUUCCUACCAAAAGGAGCUUUUGAAAACAGUGUCCGUGUCAGGCGCCAAGGGAAAAGAUGGUUUGGUUGUAGCAUACACUCCCUUGCACGGCGUAGGGGCGCCGUUUGCCGAAGCCCUCCUCAAGCAGACAGGAAUUUCGAACGUUCACACUGUAAAGGUGCAACGCGAAGCGGAUGGUGACUUUCCUACAGUGAACUUUCCCAAUCCGGAAGAGAAAGGCGCCAUGGAUCUGGUGAUCGCGCUGGCGGACGAGAAGGACGCCCAAAUCGCCGUCGCAAACGACCCCGAUGCCGAUCGGCUCGCAGCAUGCGCACGGACGAAGGAUGGCAAGAUGCGUCAGCUGACCGGAGAUCAGCUUGGUUCUCUGCUCGGGGAGCGCAUGCUGUCGCGUGCGCCCAAGGGCAGCUGGGCGCUGAGCACUGUCGUCAGUUCGAGGUUGCUUUCCAGGCUUGCUCUCGACAUGGGCGCGCAGCACCAAGAGACGCUCACUGGAUUCAAGUGGCUCGGAGCCGUCGCAAAGAACAUCCAGGAACGGGGCGAUCACUUUGCUUUCGCAUACGAGGAGGCACUCGGCUACAUGGUCAGUCCCAUGGUGUGGGACAAAGAUGGCUUGACAGCGAUUGUCGCGCUGUGUGAGCUAGCCGCCGAGUUGAACGCAAGCGGCGAGUCGCUCUGGGACCAGCUGGAGCGCAUCCAGCGUCGCGUCGGCGCAUCCGUCACCAUGCCUCGCACCAUCCGACUAUCUCAUGGCUCCCAAGGCAGCGACCUGAUGAAGAAGCUCCGUGCAGACUUGCCGAAGAGUAUCGCGCAUCAUCAGGUAAUUAUGAUUAGUGAUCUGCUCGACAACCCAAAGAAGCCGGCGGAUCCGAAACAAGUUCCCAAGAAUGACGUGCUGAGCUUCUACUUUGCGGACGAAACGCACUCGGCAAGCUCCAGCGAGGCGGAUAUUUUGUUGGGCGCGCCUCGAAUCAUCGUCCGGCCAUCAGGGACAGAGCCGAAAGUGAAGAUCUACUGCGAGAAGCUGGGCAAAAUUGGAGUGGAAGAACAGUACGAGAGUGCGAUGCGCCGAAUUGAGUCAGACUUGAACGACCUGGUGGAUGCGUUCUACACUUUCGCCAUCAAAUUAUAGACCUGCCAAAGAAUAUUGGAACCUAUGCUGAUGGUGCUCAAUGCAUUCCAUCGCAGCGCUUCAGCGCUAUGCGACACAUGUCAUCUAUGCGAAUUGAGUUGCUAUACGGGGGUAAAAAACGAAGCUGCUGAAGGUGAUAUCAAAAGGCGGUGUAGUACAUACAUGUAUGCACAGAAGAGAGCCAGGGACAAA